GAAGACGUAGGAGGAGGAAAGGGCUCGGACAUGGCGAGAAACAGCACUGGCCCGUCUGAUAGAGAUCGGUAAUAUUUUAUUUUAUUUCCAAAACCCGAGAGGCCUUACAAAAACCAAUAAAACCCAACCCUGGCACAAAAACAUACAAUAGAUCAAUGGACUGAAUGAAGACUGCUUACAACGCCUAUAGAUGUCUGGCCAAGGAGCUGGAUGCUUACGCCAUGAACCCAGAGAUGACAAUGGACAGCAUUGGCAGUCUGCAUGGCGGAGUAAGCCAUGAGCAGGAUUUGAUGAGCAGUCACAGCCCCCAUCACGAUCGGAGCACUGGGGCUUCUUUAAGGAUACAUCAGGACUUAGCUGCUGCUUCUUCACGAUCCGCUAUGGUUUCCAGUAUGGCUACGAUGUUGGACGGGGCUGGAGACUACCGCCCGGAGUUGUCUCUCCCGCUCCAUCAUACAAUGAGUAUGCCUUGCGACACAUCCCCACCUGGUAUGGGAAUGAGCGGCACCUACACCACUUUAACUCCACUCCAGCCCCUGCCACCCAUCUCUACCGUUUCAGACAAAUUCCACCAUGCUCACCACCACCACCAUGCCCACCACCAGCGUCUCUCUGGGAACGUAAGUGGGAGCUUUACCCUGAUGCGGGACGAAAGGGGGUUACCAGCAAUGAACAAUCUCUACAGUCCCUACCAUAAGGAAAUGACAGGGAUGGGUCAAAGCUUAUCCCCCCUGGUCAGCAGCCCUCUUGGCAAUGGUUUGGGCUCCAUCCAUAACACCCAGCAAAGUCUCCACAACUAUGGCGCACAUGGGCACGACAAAAUGCUCAGCUCAAACUUCGAUGCCCACACUGCCAUGCUGACCAGAGGGGAUCAGCACCUCUCAAGGAGUCUUGGUGUCCCUUCGGCGAGUAUGAUGCCACAUUUGAACGGAAUGCAUCACGCUGGUCAUCCAGGCCACCCUCAAUCUCACGGGCCCGUGUUGGCUUCCAGCCGGGAAAGGCCGCCCUCCUCCUCGGAAACUCAAGGUAAUAACUCGGGGCAGUUAGAAGAAAUUAACACCAAAGAAGUGGCACAAAGGAUCACUGCGGAACUCAAGCGGUACAGCAUCCCCCAGGCUAUCUUCGCCCAGAGGGUGCUGUGUCGCUCACAGGGGACCCUUUCAGACCUCUUAAGGAACCCCAAACCUUGGAGUAAACUUAAAUCUGGAAGGGAGACCUUUAGAAGAAUGUGGAAAUGGCUGCAGGAACCCGAGUUCCAGAGGAUGUCAGCCUUAAGGCUUGCAGGAGGUUACUGUAAACAAGAUGAGGCAUCUCAGCGACUUAUGUUCUCUGCAUGCAAACGCAAAGAACAAGAUACAAGCAAAGAAAGGAGCAAUACACCAAAGAAAUCCCGUUUGGUUUUCACUGACCUCCAGCGCAGAACACUUCUCGCCAUCUUCAAGGAAAACAAGCGCCCCUCCAAGGAGAUGCAGAUCACAAUCUCUCAACAACUGGGCCUCGAACUGACCACGGUCAGUAACUUCUUCAUGAAUGCCCGGAGGCGGAGCUUGGACAAAUGGAUGGAUGAAGGAAGUCCAGGGGCCUCUUCCUCAACCUCCAGCACUUGUACCAAAAUAUGAUUGAGGACAGUGCACCAGAACAGGGCACGGUACUUGUCAACGACAUUUUUAAAUUUGCUUUAGAGGGGGUCUGUUCACUGGUGAAUAGCUGACGCAGUAACCCACCUGUGUCAUUGGAUUUGCACUUAGUUGCUUUUUCUUGAAAAUUAUCAGCACACAAAAGCUUUUAGACCACUCCUCAAAGCAAUUUUACUUAGGCAAUCAUAAACCAGGCCAAUACGUACAGUUAUUAUUGGAGAUGCUUGCAAGUGGUUGUCAAAGAAACAUAGGCUUUAAUAAUAACCAUCCACAUAACACAUUUGAGAUUUCAAAAUUUGACCAAAGAAAUUAGAAGCUAUUGUCGGCCAUUAUCCAUAGCAAUCCAUAGAAUAAGAAAAUAAAACGUUUUGAAGGCACCAGUAGACCAGUAAUACAAGUUGUGGCAAGUGGCUUAACCUUAAUCUUUAGUGGCAAGGGGUCCCCUAGUAACUGUAAUCUCAGCUUGCUUCCCAGUCUCAGUUUGCUUUUCAGUGUCAGGUACUGGCAGGUAUGCAAGCACAAAUCUUACAGAUUUAACUAAUGCCGGUAUUCAGGAACACAUAUCUACAUGUAUGUUGACUCUUAUAACAUGCACCGACUACUAAAAGUGUUCUUUGAAUGAGCUUUUAGUGGUUGGCAUUGUAUGUGAGCACAAUGUUUAAGCACAUUUCUUUUGCAAUAGAAAGAGGGGACAUUUUAGGGAAUAUCGUUCUUCAUGCAUUAGAAAACUCAGGAUGUAAUUUUUCAAACAUUUGAAGAACAUAUUAGCUUUAUUCUCUCAUGAACACAAUUGGGGUAUUUUCUUAAUCAUGAACAUUAAAUGUUAGUUACUUUAGUUUUAAACUACUUACUAGCAGGUGUACAGAGAACUUGCUCAUGAUACCAAAGUAAUUUAUAUCCACAUCAAAUAUUUAUUAAAUUUAAUUUGAAAUGACAAAAGGUAUAUUUUAUACAAUUUUAAUCUGAUACAGUUUUAUUUAUUUAUUUAUUUAUUUGUUUGUUUGUUUUUUAUUAACCAAAGACAAAAUGGCUGUAGGCUGUUAAGCAAGAUUGAGGAACAAUAAAAAGUGUAUACUAUAUUUAGUUUAACUACUGAUGUAGUUCAACUAAACUACAUUCUUAAUUCUAUUUAAUUGGAAGACACUCAUGCCCUUUUCAACAUCAUCCUGGUUUCUACCUAAAGAUAGAUUAUUUAAGAUGUGUGUAGCAGUUGCCAGGUGUUAUUGAUUUUUUUCCCAUUAAAACUGAAUACACCUUCCUGGGCAGUGCUCUAUUUAAAAAUUCUGGACAUCCACUCUCAAUCCUAAAUAGGUGGCAAAUCAAAAACAAAAAUGACAAAUGGACUGUUUAGAAUGGGAGCCAGGUCACCAGGUCCAAACGACAACAUAUUCCCAAUUUGGCAUUUACUGUAUUAUAUUUUCUAUAUAUAGUGUCAGGAUCAAACACAUAAGGUGCCGCAUUCAUCAGUAAACAGCCCCUCCAGGAACACCCUUCUGUGUUCAAAAGCAAGCCAAAGGCUUUAAAGACUCUUUAAGGACACUUGAGACUUUUUCUAUUUAUUGCCGAAUCGAAACCAAAGAAACUUUUUUUCUGCACCUAAUUGUUCUGCAACAAACUGUUAUAAAAAAAAUAAUAAAGAAGAAAAAAGAGCACGUCAGGAAACGGAGACACACUGUGUUUCGUUGGACGUCUUGGACAUUUCAUGGAAGCAGAUUUUAAUAAAGGGUACAACAAGCAGGGAAGCAAUGCCACGACGGCUGUUGCUUCAUGAGACUGGGCAUUUUGCAUCUCUUAAAGUUGAAGAUUGUCUUUAACGCGUGCCUAUGCAGUUUUUCAAGAACAUGGAAAAGAACAACCAAAACCUCAUCAGCUACAAAACCAAAGAUUAAUGGAUAUUCCAACACUUUUCCUUUGUUGUUGCAUGAUUUAAUGCAUUCACUAUUUACAGGUAAAUUGAUUCUAAUCAUCCUUUCGACUGAAGAAGGGGCUAAUUCAAUUGUGCAUUUUUUUGUUCUCUUUUUUAUAUGGGAUUUUGAAAAGGAUUAAUCUCUUUCUCCAAGCAUUAGAUGUUGGGAUAAAUAAGCCAGUACAGCACCAAAUUCAGUAUGCAUAACUCUAUUGAAGCUAGUGAUUGUGUUUAACAUACCCCAGUUGAGAUGGUUAACUGAUAGUUGAGAUUCUGUUUUUCUUUGGGACAGUCAACCAUAAGACAUUCUUGAAUCUAACCCCAUUUCAUCUCACAUCCUAAUUUGAACCGAUCGCUCUCUUACUAUGUCAGCUAUCAAUCUAACCCCAAUAUUCAAUAUUUACCUUCUGUGCCCCCUGCAUCAGGAAUGAUCUAUUUUCCAUAACACUGUAAUCUCUCUAAAAGAUACCAACUGUUAAAUACAUAUUUUUUUUGCAAAACUUAAUUUGCAAAUAUAGGAGGCUUUGCAUAUUGAUAACAUUUUAUAGAGGUCACUUGGUUUUGGACACAGUCAAAAAUUGUUUGCGAUCACAGGGUUAUACGAGCUUUCUUUAAACACUUUGCUUACACUAAUUAAUUUUCUAAGGCAGGGUAAACUUUUACAAAGAAAAUGACUUGAGAGAAACACAAGUUAGUAAUGAAGACAACCAUGACCAGUAAGAAAACACAACAGGAUAAAAAAGACAGCAUUAAGCAUAAACUCAUCCAUGUGCAUAACUUUGUUUUCAAAUUCACAUACAGUUACAAAUAAAUUAAAUGCAACUUCAUGUUUAAUGGAUGGCUGUAAAAAAGUAGGGUUUGUUUUGCUUUAUGAUGCCAAAUAAUAAUAAUAAUAAUAAUAAUAAUAAUAAUAAUAAUAAUAAUAAUAAUAAUAAUAAUAAUACAAUCAUACAGCAUCAAAGACAUAUAAAUGAAAGUAUUUUGCAAUAAAAUCUGCUAUAUUCUUAAGGGAGGACUAAGACUUAAAUAUUGCAUUAUUCUGUCAUUAGGUUUAAUCAUAUUUCCUCAUAUAGCUUAAUUACUCCAUAAUACUAUAGUACAAUAUCUUCAAUUAUAAAAUGUAAUCAGCUUCUAUAGACAUUUUUGCAUAUAUAAUAGCAUUACAUGUACAUGAUCCCAAUGUCUCAUGCUUGGAAGAGGAGUGAAGUCUGUGGGCACGUCCAAGAUGAGUUCAACUUUCAAGAAACAAAAACUAUCAAAUCAUCAGUUAAAACUGUUCAGAUACUUCGGUUCAAUAGCUUUAUCCUUUAUCGUUCUCUCUCUUUCUCUAUUAUUAGAGCUUAACCCAAAGAUUCUACAUAGGCUGAACCAGCAGGCCGUCAAUUCGGCCUUUCUAAAAAGUAGGGAGCUCUCUUUGUGAGGAUUGCUUCAUAAUGGUCUGGCUGUAUGAAUGGAAAAUGUGCCAACCAAGGAAGUGAAAUCAAUGAUAUUUUCAUUGCUUGGCAUAGUACUUAUAUUUUCAAUGCUUUCUCUAAAAUUGUGUUUUUUUUGUUAAGGUGUUAUUCUUUGCAGUACUUCAUUUUCUAAAAAACUGGACUUUAACUUAAUCAAAACCACACUGAAGUACCAUGUACCCUAAUCAAUAAGCCAAGGUUUACAUUUCUCCAUGUUUGCUCUUUUCAUUUAAGUUUUAUAACACCAUUGGAGUUUAUUUAUUUACGGCGAUUGUAUGUUAGAACCUGAGAAUGAUAGUUUUUUUAUGAUUAAUUAUUUAAUUAUUUUAAUCUUAUUUAAUUAGAUUGUAAUUGUUUGGGUAAAUAUUUAUGAUUAUUUAAGAAUGUUAGAAUGACAGUGCAUCCAAGAUGCAGUGACUCAUUUUUGUCUUAAUUUAUAUGAUUGGUUUUAGUUUUGCUUUAAAAAGCAACUGAAGGGGUAUUUAAUUAUUUAGUAGUUUAUACAAUGACAAAAAAAUGAACAAAUUGUUUGAUUUGUUAUUUAUUAAUUUGUAGAUUGUAGUAUUUAAGAAGUUGCCAAAAAAUGUUAAUUUGAGGAUAUGUAGAUCCCUUUAUCGUGUUAGCUUUAAUUAUUUAUCUUCCUUUCUGUCAAAACAAUCUUUUGAAACCAAAAAAACAUUAGAGUACUACAUUUGUUUUCUAUGCUAUUAAAUAUUAUACUGAGAGCUCCUCACAACAGCCUGCUCAGCACAAGGACAAGCAAUGAAUUUGGGAUUCAUAUUGCUACUCUUGUGGAUGGGGACACACGUUUAUUGGAACUUUUGCCGUUUCACCAAAGAUUACCUGGAGUACAAAGUGGCUUUCCACAGCUUUAUAUGUUGGAGGAAGAAAAGGACUAAGGAAAGAAAAAAAAACCCUUAACUAGCUGCUUCCAAGACUGAAUUAUGUGUGUGUAAAAAAAAAAAAAAAUCUUUCUAUUUCUAGUGAGAACCAAAGAGGCUACCUCACUGACUUUUUCCAUUUGUAAUUUUAAUCGUGUUGAUGAUACCAAAGAUACCAAAGAUUUCUUUCUAUGUGCGGUCUGCGCUUGGCCCAUGCUCUUGUUUUAUACCUGUAUCUCUCUGCCUCUAUUUCUAUCUCUAUCUCUCUUAAAACAAAAAAGACCGCCCUCCCCACAAAAUAAGUGUAAGGGGAGGGAGUCUUAUUUGGAUUAUGCUGAACUCUAUGUACAUGUGAUUGAAAUUCACCAAUUUGACCUUAGAAAAGUGUCCUAGUGUGUGUGGAAGUUCUAGGAUUGCUAGAGGGUUACUGUAACAAUUAACUGGAUUCCCAUAAAGUCUCCCACACCUGUUUGCUACCCUUAAAAUAGUAAUUAGGAUAUUAACCAAAGAAAGCUGAACUCAAUGGGAACACAACAGCAAUACAGCUUCUGAGUAGUACUAUUCAAUCUGUACUUUAGUAUAGAUGAAAUGGUUCUUCUCAAUAGGGCAAAAAAUUGAUAGCAAUGCUAUUUUGACAUCAACAAAAAAAAAGUCUCUAUAGCGAUACAAAGACGCUGUCAUUCUGAUUUAGUGCAGCCUGUCAAAAUAAAAAUCCCUCCAGAAAGUGUCCCUAAUUAGUCUUUUAACUUUUCAUUUUCUUUUUUAAUUGAAUUCCACAUUCUAAGUAAUAAAACCACCAAGAGAUACAAGUACUGCUUCCAUUGUUCCAGUGCUAGCUAUAAAAUCUUAAGUCACACACACACACACAAAUCUAAUUGUUGAGAAAACAUUGUAUGUACAUAGAAGGUGACAUAUAAAAAAGUAUAGUAAUGACUGCUUUUCAUGAACUCGAAAACGCUUUAGUUGCAAAGUAUGAAAUAACCAUGGGACGAGUGCCUUGCUUGAACCAAAGCGAUGUUUUUUCAAGUCUAGACCUCUCUGUGCUUUCUAUUCCUGUGAAUACCUCAGCGUCAAAUGGGCCACCUUUUUGUGUUAUUUUGGUGACCCAUGUACUGUGGUGCUUUGCAAUGCAAUCACGCAAAGAACAAAGAGAAACUAUGAUACCAAAGGCUUUUUAACUCUAAUUUUCUUCUAUUUCUUUCUUCUAAUGGUUGCAAAGCUUUAAAUAAAAAAAAAUAAUAAUUGAGGCAUGUUAGCGGCGCAGACCGUGCAAUUCCUUACCGAGUUUUCUCAGAUAUACCUCAUAGAUAAUAGUGUUUAGGGUAAUGUUAUUAUAGCGUAUGUAAUAAAUUAUUCACUUGUUUUUUUUGGUAACUGUGACUUUAUGGAAAAAAAAGCUUUAUACAUUUUAAGUUGUGAUUUUUGUAAUAGUUGAAGAGGUGUGCUUACAGAAACAAUUUGAUUUUUCUUUUUCUUAUUCUUUUUCUUUGUUUGGUUGUUUGUUUAUUUGUUUGGAUUCUGGACGGUUGCAGAGCGAGCCCAAAGUUUACAGUUUUCAUAUUUUGAUGAAGAAAACUAUCUGUUCUUUUGUUGUGUUUUAGACUGUGUUCAUUUUCACAUUUGUCCAACUUGGUCUUACUUGUUCUGUGUUAAGGUGUAGCAUAAUUAGCAACUGCCAAACAGUGCUAUAGGCCUAAUUUUAUGCAUGAGGCUAUUAACAAUUAGCAGUGUGAUGCAUUGUGAUGAUUAAGAUUUUUGAUUUCAGAAUAGAUUUUGUUUCUUUUUAAUGGACUUAAUUUAUGCAUGGGAGCCUGUUAUUUGUUGAAGAUUGUGGCUCAGUUGUGUAUAUAUUGCACUGUGAGAACAUACACAGUUGAAUUGAACGCACUGGUAAAUCUGUUGCACAGGGAUAGAUGUUUUAACAGGGGGAGGGGGGAGGUUGGCAGCCUCACCAACAAUCUAAGGACAUUAAAAAUGCUACUAUUUUCUAUAAAUUAAAUGUGCUAUUUGCAAAGUACUUAUUGCUUUCUAAAUUAUUGUGAAAUGUAUUUAAUAAAGGGGAGGCAUGAUUGAUUUCUGGUUUUUUAGGCUAAACCCAAACUGGGCAAUCAUUAGCUAUUGUUUUCCAAGGGAUGUUCAGACACAUACCACUGCGUAAUGGUUAUACAAAACCAAUACAUAAACGAUUUCGCCAAAGCCACAAGGAAAGUAAUAAAACCCAUCAAGUUUAAUUUGACUGGAUUACUCUUUGAAGUGAGAUUUCAAGAGAUUCAAUUUCUGGUACUCUUGCUGCAGUGUAUUGUUUUCAAAUAGGAGAUACACUGCUGAAUGUCAUACUGAACUGCAUUACCCCCCAGCUUAUUCAAUCUUUAAGGCUUACUUCAAAAUCUAGCAAGAGCACAGUCUUAUGAGAAAUGUAGAUGCUGCUUUAUGGAGGUAGAGUUAAAUUGAAUCCAAAUAAUUACAUUUCAAGCUAAAAUGCAAACCACUCAGACAACAAUAACACUUCAAAUGCAGAAUUAGGGUAAAACAAAAAGAAAGGUACUGAUCUAACAGUCUUUAAAUUACUACAGGCCUUUGAGUAAAAUCCAGAACAAUUAGAGCCAUUUUAAACAAAACAAAAAAGCUAAAUAUGGAAAUCGAAAUAAAUAAUCAGCUUAAAUAUCUGUCUAUAUAUAUAUAUAUAUAUAUAUAUAUGGAUACCUAUCUGUGAGAUAUAACAUGAGAACUGUGUGUUUUACAAAUGUGUACUGACAACCAUAGAACGAACCAAACACACACUUCCAGGGUAUAUAAAAGGGAGCCUGUGAGGAACAUAGAAUUAUCCAAGCCAGUAAUUGUGCAGACCUUGGAUCAGUUGUCAGUUAUGAAUACCUAUAAUGCUUUUGUCUUGCUUAGAUACUGCCAUGUACAUACACAAAUACAAUAUAUGUUGAUGGAGGGUUAGUUGGUAAAGUCAGACACUCAUAUUGAAACAAAAUCUAGCUCUACAAUAUGUGCUUGGCAAUACACACCAUUACAAAAUAAAUAAUAAAAAAAAAAACACACACACCAUUAAUUCUUACAUUGUUAUGCGCUAAACAAUGUGAAAUUCCUUUGGAAAACAUAGCCUAAGAAACCAUUGUCUUUAACAUGUGAAAUUCCAAAGAAUGACGAGCUAUACCUAAGAGCUACAGUACUUUUGGCCCAGAACUUUUUGUUGUUGUGUUUUUAAUUAUGUGCCAAAAACAAAUCAGGAAAAGAAAAGAAAAAAAGAAAGUCAAUUAGUUGUUUGUGUUCAUUAUCUCUCUCUCUCUCUCUCUCUCUCUCUCUUUAUAUAUAUAUAUAUAUAUAUAUAUAUAUAUAUAUAUAUAUAUAUAUAUAUACCAAAUUGCUGUUCUUCCAUCAGAAACAAAAAUAAAUAAGAAUAACAUAGACAUCUCUAUUAUGCUGAAUACUAAAUAUACCUUGAAUCGGAAAUACUGCCAACCUGGUGUGCAUCAAAAAUAAUGUUCAAAGGUCUGUUUUCAUGGUGUCUUGAUUGCACGCUCUCUGCAUCAUCAUCAGUUAAACAUGGUGUUCUUCUUUUGUUUCAAUUGGCUAUGGGGCUUGAUAGAUUGGGACACAAUCUAUCAAGAUAAUUGGUAUGUAUUAGAAAAGUCCUCCUGUAUGUUAUUGUGUUGUGCGCCAGCCUCAAAAGCCCAGAGUUGCACACAGUGUGUGUUUUGUUCUAUGCUGUCAUCUGGAUGUGUUACCUGUUUUAAUGCAUUGCCAAUAUUAUGAUUACUGGAAUACAGUAAAACCGCCUUUAACCAAAGUGCCCAGGGAUAUGAAAGGGUUAGUAAAGCAAGCAUUCAGAUAAACGGAUUGAGUCCACCAGAGUUUAUACUGGUGAAACAUUUCAUGAGAUGGUUAAGAAGGCAGUCUGCGGGGCUAAGCGGCAAAAUGGAUAAAACACCUCCAUGCCUUUCACCUCUGGGUGCCUGGGUCGGUCCAGCUUGGGUUCAAAUAAAGGGGAUUAUACUGUAUUUUAAUUUCUCCAACAAAAGGCAGAAUUGGGCAUUACAGGGAUGAGAUAAUGAAAACAAAAUGGACUAUUUUACGGUCACAAAUUCAAUCUAAAAUUUAUAAUUAAGUUUCUUCCGGUUGACUGAAAAAAAUGAAGAAUAAUUUGGAAUACUAGAUGUUAAAAGUUAUAAAUCUUGAGCACCCGGAAACUUUCAGUAUUUGCUUGGAUUAAAUCUACCCAUUCCCACUUUGAAUUGGUUCACCACUGGAUAAAGAAAUCAUAAUGGUUAAAACCACUAUAAUAACCCUUGAAGCAACGACAAAGAUUAAUCUGUUGCAGCUUCUGCAAAAUUAAGUUAGCUUGUCACACGUCUCAACAUCGCUGUGACCUUAAGUAGGUUGGGGAAUAAAAUGAUGUUGACAAACAUACAAUCAAAAUUUUAGUUGGCAUUUCUUAAUCAAAAGCAUUGUUUUAAAUUUCAUAAAACCAAUGAGAUAUUUACACAACUGAUGGAUGUUUCUUAUAUAUAUAUAUAUAUAUAUAUAUAUAUAUAUAUAUAUAUAUAUAUAUAUAUAUAUAUAUAUAUAUAUAUAUUAGGUUUGCAUUAUUUCAAAAUCUCUUGGUGUAUAAAUCCUACAACCAGGUAGGAUUUACAAUUAGCAUUUGAGCCUCUUACCUGUGCAAUAUUAUUAGCUGUGUAAAAAAAACUGGAGUUACAACUUGUGUAUCAGUGUUACAUGUUUCAACUACUGCAUACAUUGGAGCUUUUAAUAUUGUUGAAGUUGUUGAUGUAUUGGGCACUUUAAAACCUUUGCAGAACAUCCCGGUCCUUUUUCAAAAUAUUCAGUUGUGUGUUUGUAUAUGUUUUCUAUUUGCCGUUUAAACAUAAUGCUCUACAUUGCGCACGCAUUAGUGUUUUGUCUGCAUCAUGUUAAAAUGUUUUUGUUUUUUUCUUAUUUAAUUUUUAUUCCCACUAUCAUCAAAUGGUAGUGCUGUAUAUUCUGCAAUUAAUAUCAAAUAAACGGCUUUGAUUCAUUCACAUUAAA